GCGAAGAAUUUUUUGUAACUUGGAUCAGAAAUUCAAAAAAGCAUAAAGAGAUAAUAAUAAUAGCAUAAGUCAUAUACAGUACUAUUAUAAAAAAAAUAUCUCGAAAUCAUGAAAGAUAUAACAAGAGAAAACACAUGGCUAAGUAUAAUGGCCUGUCUCUGUGUUCCUUAUCUCUUUUACUUGCACACUCUCCAGGUCCCUCACUGCCCUUAUUGGACCUCUCUCUCUUCCUCUCUCGUGUUUAAAUUCUUCUCCUCUCUUUCUCCUCUGUUUCCACAUUUUUGUCUACUAAAUUCUAACACCAAUAAUUUCAUUCCCAUACCAUAACCACAUAUCAACCGACCAAAGAAAAAAAAAACAUUCUUGAUUAUGAAGAGAAGCCAUCAAGAAACGUCUGUAGAAGAAUCUCAUUCAAUGGGCAAGAAGCUAGAAGACGAUAACAUGGACAACAUGGACGAGUUUCUGUCUGUUUUAGGGUACAAGGUUCGAUCUUCCGACAUGGCUGACGUGGCACAGAAGCUUGAACAUCUCGAAAUGGUUCUGUCCAACGACGACGUUCUAAUUUCCAACGCAUUAAACGACACCGUUCAUUACAAUCCCUCUGAUCUCUCUAACUGGGCCGAGACAAUGCUCUCCGAGCUCAACCACUACCCGGAUCUAGACCCGAACCCGAUGUUCAACCCGACACCAGACGACGACGAGUGUUGCAGCACCACCAACAGCAGCAGCAGCAAGAGGACCCGACGACUCGGUCCCUGGUGCGACUCAGUGACCACCGAGUCAACUCGUCCGGUGGUAAUACCCGCCGUCGACUCUCAGGAGACCGGAGUCAGACUCGUCCAGGCCUUAGUGGCGUGCGCCGAAGCCGUCCAGCGAGAGAAUCUCAUCCUCGCAGACGCGCUCGUGAAACGCGUGGGAUCACUCGCGGCAACUCAGGCGGGAGCGAUGGGUAAAGUCGCCGCCUUUUUCGCCGAAGCGCUCGCUCGCCGGAUCUACCGAAUCCACCCUCCCUCCGUAAUCGAUCCUUCUUUCGAAGAGAUUCUCCAGAUGCACUUCUACGAGUCGUGCCCUUACCUCAAGUUCGCGCAUUUCACGGCGAACCAGGCGAUUCUAGAAGCAGUCGCGACGGCGCGUGGCGUGCACGUGAUCGAUUUAGGGAUCAAUCAAGGGAUGCAGUGGCCGGCGUUGAUGCAGGCAUUGGCUCUCCGUCCCGGAGGUUCUCCGACGUUCCGUCUCACCGGCGUUGGCGGCGGUGGGGUUGGAGAGUUAGGGUGGAAGUUAGCUCAGCUGGCGAAAGCUAUUGGAGUUGAAUUCGAAUUUAGAGGUUUAACCGUUGAGAGGUUAACCGAUCUCGAACCGGAAAUGUUCGAGAUCCGACCGGAAUCGGAGACUGUAGUGGUUAAUUCUGUUUUCGAGUUACAUCGGGUUUUAGCUCGACCCGGUUCGAUUGAAAAGCUGUUGGAGACUGUUAAAGCGGUUAGACCGAGUAUCGUAACGGUCGUGGAACAAGAAGCGAAUCACAACGGCGUCGUUUUCUUGGAACGGUUUAAUGAGGCGCUUCACUAUUACUCUAGCUUGUUUGAUUCGCUUGAGGAUGGAGUUUUAAUACCGAGUCGAGACCGUGUUAUGUCGGAGGUUUACUUAGGGAGACAGAUCCUGAACGUGGUGGCUGCGGAAGGAGAUGAUCGGGUAGAGAGGCAUGAGACGUUGGAGCAGUGGCGGAAACGGUUGGGAUCCGCCGGGUUUGACCCGGUUAGUCUCGGAUCAGACGCGUUUAAGCAAGCGAGUUUGUUGCUGGCGCUAUCUGGUGGUGGAGAUGGGUAUAGAGUGGAGGAGAAUGACGGGAGUUUAAUGCUUGCGUGGCAGACGAAACCGCUCAUAGCUGCAUCGGCGUGGAGAGUUAGCGACGUUGCGGCGGAGUGGCGGCGGUAGAGGAUGGAUUAAGACAUAUGUCGUCAGAAGAAAACGUGUUUUCUUAAAACAUAUAAUAAUAAUAUAAAAUUGCAAAAUCGUAACCUUUAUGUUCUUGUGUUUACUGUGACUUACCCCGCUAGUUUCGUUUAUGACUUUUUGGCCCAUAAUUUUCUCCCGCGUUUUCCGUACUUUUUUAAUAACUUUGGGCCCAAUUGUCGUUGAGAUUCGAGAACGAGGAAAAUGUGUGUAUGUAACCACGAGCUAGUGUUUUUUUUUGAAUAAAUAAAAUGAAGAAUUGAC